UCUGGUUUAUUUCCUCUAACUUAUGUUGAAAAGCGGAUGUCUUCAGUUUUUCGUCUAAAAGACAGACAGGAGGAAAGAACUCGCCUCAUACAAGGUCACAGCCUUAACAUCAUUUAUGCAGACAGACGUUUAAAGCCUCCUUAUCUGGGUGACUAAAGGAGAAGUGACACAGAGAAACAGUUUAUUGGAUGAAAACAUGAAAAUCAGCCUCCUCCUCCUGAUUAUUCUUCUCCUGGAAGGGUUAUGGGAGGCCAAAGCCAUAACAGGAGAGGUGGGAAACCCCAUUGAAGUUAAAUGCUCUCACACGUACGCCGACACCAAUGUGAAGUAUUUUUGUAAAGACCCGUGUUACGAUAAAGACGUCCUGAUUACAAGCAAGACAAUCUCCAACAAGAAAUACACAAUAAGAGAGGAAGGAAACACAUUUUAUGUGACAAUCCACAAUCUGAAACUGGAAGACUCAGGAACCUACUGGUGUGGAAUCGAGAGAGUCGGUGCUGACACCUAUAAUAAAGUUCUUCUCACAGUGAUACAGGGAGAGGAGACUCAUGGAGACAUCUGGAUGUCACAGGGUUCUAAGACGCUGUUUUUUACUGGAGCUGGACUCUCUGUGGUUGUCCUGGUUCUGGCGAUCGCUGUCCUGUUAUUCUUUACAUUCAGGAAAAAAGAUGUCAGAACACCAUCUGGAAAGGAUACCAUAGCAACCAUUCAGGAAAAAGGUCGACCCUGUGGCACCACCACUCCCUCAAAUGAAGGUCAAGAACGACGUCUGUCUCCUGCAAGCCAAGAUCUCCUGGAAACAAACAUCUCUUUGGAGCCUCAGAUCCAAUCGGAUGACCUGUGCUACUCCUCCGUCAGCUUCAAACCUGUCAGCUGCAACAGCGCCAGAUCUCACAUCGAGUCCACCACAUAUUCUUCUCUUAAAUGCAAAGCUCCACCUUUGAUUAAGUCUGAACUAAGAUCUGGAUUCAACUUAAAGUAGAACAGAUUCUUUGGGAGAUCAAACAAAAAUCGAGUUCAGAAAUUCUUGCAAAGAGUUUCUUUAAAAUAUAAUUUGGAAGUAUUUUAAAUACUAUCUGCUCUUGACUCAAAGAAAAGCACAAGUAUGCGCACAGCACAAAGUUGAUGCCAAAGUGAAACAAGCCAACGCCAUCUUAGUUUCGCUCAGUUGCAGUAACAUCCCUCCCACCAAACCGAUGGAGCGCUGUGAUUGGCCCACCGAACCAACAAAGGGCUGUGAUGGUCAGGGCCAAUGGAGCGUGGCUGGAUGGACAUGCAAAUGAGCAUAAUUUUGUGUUUGCUACUCUCCGUCUAGAUUUCUAGGCUACGUUUUUGUUUUGUAAACCACUUUGGGGGAUUUUUAGAACCCUGGAAGGUGCUAUGCAGAAUGGGUGCUUUACUAUUUGUGUGUUAGAUGGAGUCACCUGAACAGAGGGAUAAGCACAAAUUCUCUUUCACCUUAUAACUUGAGGCCAUGAAUUUUGGAUUUCCCAUUAUCUCAUUACAACAGUGGAAAGCAGUGAUAUCUUUGGUACUGUAGGUGCAUUAACAACAGGUAGUGAUACAGGAUUGAUGCUUCAAGUCAGCACACACCUUCCUCUUUGUGUUUAUUCCUCUUUAGUCACAUUAUAUUUUACAGUAAAAAUGUUAAGUUUAAUGCGAGAGAAAGGAGAAGCUGAGGCUCAUUAGAGAGGAGAUUCUUACGGUGAAAGGAGGGAUUUUUACCACAAUGAGGAAUUUAAUUAAAGUCUUUUUGUGCUUGAUGGCAGGUAAUAUUUUCUCUGGUGGAGAUUUCUGGUUAGAACUUAAUUUUAAGUUUGUUUAAAUUAUCUUUUAACAGUUUGUGCAGGUUUUCUAUCAGCAACAAAUAAUGAUGGAUUAUUCAGCAAAAACUGUGAGUACAACAAUGUACUGUUACUAAUUUUACUGUCCACACCAAAGUAAAAGCAUGUGUUUGUUUGCA